GCUAGCAGCCCGAGCUAAUACGGCUAACAGCUAAAGGCUAACGGCUAGCUAGUGGCGCUAUGAUGGCGGAGCUGGUGCAGGGACAGGCCUCGAUGAACCAGCCGGGGCUGAAGUCAGACGGCCUGGCCGAUGUUUUACAGAGGGCCCGGCAGAUGGUGGGUAAGAUGGGCGGAGAAGCCAUUUCCCACCUCAACAGCUCCUCAGGAAGUGUUGACCCAUCACUGUAUUACCCUGGACAGAAACGACCAGGAGAGGAUGGAGUAGGUAACCAGCUAGCAGCCAUGGGGCAUCAAAGCAGGGUAACCACAGAGGAUUACAAGGUCCCUGACAGGAUGGUGGGCUUCAUUAUUGGUAGAGGAGGAGAACAGAUCACCAGGAUCCAGUUGGAGUCUGGCUGCAAGAUCCAGAUCGCUGCUGACAGUGGAGGUCUGAUGGAGCGCCCCUGUUCUUUGACUGGAACCCCAGAAAGCAUCGAGCAGGCAAAGCGGUUGCUGGUCCAGAUAGUUGACCGUUGUAGAAAUGGACCAGGUUUCCAUGGCGAUGGCGAGGCUUCUGUGCAGGAGAUGCUGAUCCCCGCGAGUAAGGUUGGGCUGGUGAUUGGCAGAGGAGGAGACACCAUCAAACAGCUGCAGGAGCGAGCAGGAGUGAAGAUGAUGAUGAUCCAGGACGGUCCAAUGCCAACAGGAGCUGAUAAACCUCUACGUAUUUCUGGAGACCCGUACAAAGUGCAGGCAGCAAGGGAGUUGGUGUUGGAAGUGAUCAGGGAGAAGGACGGAGAUUUCAGGUCGGGACGCAACGACUUCAGUGCCCGGCUGGGAGGAACCAGCCUGGAUGUUCCAGUUCCUAGGUUUGCUGUUGGCAUUGUGAUCGGCAGAAAUGGAGAAAUGAUCAAGAAGAUCCAGAAUGAUGCAGGAGUCCGAAUCCAGUUUAAAGCAGAUGAUGGCAUCAGUCCGGAGCGUGUUGCCAUGGUGAUGGGACAGCCAGACCGCUGUCAGCAUGCUGUCCACCUCAUCAAUGAGCUUGUCCAGACUGCACAGGAGCGUGAUGGUUUUGGCUCUGCCCUGCGGGGUGGGAGGGUCAGAGGUCGCAGUGACUGGACUAUGGGCUCACCAGGUCCUCUACAAGAAGUGACCUACACCAUCCCUGCUGACAAAUGUGGCCUGGUCAUCGGUAAAGGAGGUGAAACCAUUAAGAGUAUCAACCAGCAGUCUGGAGCUCACGUGGAGUUGCAGAGGAACCCUCCCCCCUCCACUGACCCCAACACCCGGGUCUUCACCAUCAGAGGCACCGCCCAACAGAUGGAUCUGGCCCGCCAGCUCAUAGAUGACAAAAUUGGGGGUUCAGGUAUAAUGAGCAAUGGAGGUUUUGGCUUCAGUCCCUUUACCCAGGGCCCCACUACACACCAAAACUGUGGCAGUGGUCAGACCUUCCUCACUGGAGUUUGGGGAAACACCUACCAGACGAACUGGCAAAACCCUGGACAACAAGACCCCAGUCACACUAUGGCUCAGACAGGACAGAUGGACUACUCUAAAGCAUGGGAGCAGUACUAUAAGAAGCUCGGUCAGCAGAGCCAGCCUCAGAGUGUGAUGGCAGACUACAGUAAGGCCUGGGAGGACUACUACAAGAAACAGAGUCAGUCGUCUCAGCAGAGUUCAGUGCCAGACUACACUGCAGCAUUAGCAGAAUACUACAGACAGCAGCCCUACCUGUGGAACCCUGCACAGAUACAGGAUCACUAGAGGCUCCACCCUCCUGGUGAAGGCCUCGGAUGGUCGUCAACGGCAACCAAAAUCGGGGUUUCCUAGCAACGCUCCGCCGCUUCCUCCUUCCUUUUGUAGAGAAAAACUAAGGAUUAACUGAAAAAUCACGGACUCUUCUUUCUGUUUUUUAACCUUACAAAUUGAUAUUUUGUCGGGCAGAUUUUUUUGGACUAGCCUCUGGUCUCUCCAGUGUAGACCUGGUUUUUCUUUUUGUUUUUUAUCAAACUUGAACUUAAAGAUGUAUCAGUGUGGCUUUGAACAAAAGAACAUCCAGUAUAAUCUAUAUUUUGUCUAGUUUUAUUUUCCAAUAAGAAAACGGUAUAAGGCUUAGCAGUCUUGAGUAAGAAAAUCUGAUAUAUUAUUAUUAUUUUGUUUAUGAUGAUGUUUUAAAGCAUGCGUCAGAUUGUGUGUGUUGACUCUCAGUUAUUUUUUUUUAUUUUGGCAUAGAAAUAUUUUAAUAGCGUCGGAUGGAAAUGUAUUUUACAGUCGGAGACAAAACUGUUUUUGUACUAAAUUUGUGCUCGCUGGGUCUGUUGUUUGCAAUCUAAUUUUACCUGUUUAGUCGCCAUCUUGGAGGUGCAAUGACGCGUUUUUUGUGUUCUAUUUGGUUUGAUGAUAGUUCUUAUUCCUGUACUCUAUAGUGAUUCUUUAGUUUUUAUGUUGUAAUGAUGAAUAAAUGACAAUUUAUGUUG